GCUCGCACCAGCCCGCCGCCGCGAUGCCCCCCUCCCCGGCGGCCGCGGCCGCCUCCGGCACCUCCCACCUCGCCCUCCUCCUCCUGCUCUCCUCCUCCUCCCUCUUCUUCCUCUACAAGUCCAUCGCCCUCCGCCGCCUCCGCCGCACCCUACGCCCCUCCCCUUCCCCAUCCUCCUCCUCCCCCGCCGCCGCCGCCGCCGCCCCGACCCUCCUCUACGCGUCGGCCACGGGCACCUCCAAGGCCCUGGCGGAGCGCCUCUCGGCCCGCCUCGCGGACGCCGGGCUGCCCGCCCGCGCCACCGACGCCGCCGCCUUCGACCCGGACGACCUCCCCUCGGUCCCGCUCCUCCUGCUCGUCCUCCCCACCCACGACGCCGGGGCGCCCCCGCCCGGCGCCGCCUUCCUCGCGCGCUGGCUCGCGGAGACCGCCGCCGACUUCCGCGCCGGCGCGCUGCUCCUCUCGGGCCUCCGCUUCGCCGUCUUCGGCGUCGGCUCCCGCGCCUACGGCGACACCUUCAACGCCGCCGCCAGGAGCUUCUCCCGGUGGCUCCGCGCGCUGGGGGCUGUCGAGGUGCUGCCCGUCAGGGAGGGCGACGUGGAUGAGGGGGACCUCGACGACGUCUUCGAGGAGUGGUGCGGGAGGGUGCUCAGGGUGGUCAAAGGGGAGGAGGUUGAGGACGAUGCGGUCGAUGGAGAGACCAAUGGAUUUGAUGGGCUGGAAGGGGAGGAGUCCGAUUAUGAUGACGAUGAUGACGAGGAAGAGGAGGAGGAGGUGGCUAGUGGGGAGGUUGACAUGGAGGACAUUGCCGGCAAGGCGACAGCAAAGAAGCAGAAUGGGAAGGUGGAGAGUGCUUUGCCCAAUGGAGGGCAGAAUGGUGCGAGGGCCAUGGUCACGCCCAUCAUCAGGGCGAGCUUGGAGAAACAAGGCUACAAAAUUGUUGGUUCCCAUAGCGGGGUGAAGAUUUGUAGAUGGACGAAGUCACAGCUUCGAGGUCGUGGAGGCUGUUACAAGCACUCAUUUUAUGGCAUAGAAAGCCACAGAUGCAUGGAAGCAACUCCAAGUUUGGCUUGUGCAAAUAAGUGUGUGUUCUGUUGGAGGCAUCACACAAAUCCUGUUGGGAAGAGUUGGAAGUGGAAGAUGGAUGAUCCUCUUGACAUUGUUAAUACUGCCAUUGACGAACACAGGAAGAUGGUUAAGCAAAUGAAAGGCGUGCCAGGAGUAAAGCCAGAGCGACUAGCAGAGGGUCUAUCCCCUAGACAUUGUGCAUUAUCUCUUGUUGGCGAACCAAUUAUGUACCCAGAGAUAAAUACUCUGGUUGAUGACCUACAUCGCAGACACAUAUCUACGUUUCUGGUUACAAAUGCUCAAUUUCCUGAGAAGAUCAAGGCUCUGAAACCCAUCACCCAGCUGUAUGUCAGUGUGGAUGCAGCUACAAAAGAAAGCCUGAAGGCUGUUGACAGGCCACUCUUUUCGGACUUCUGGGAGCGUUUUCUGGAUUCGCUCAAGUCCCUGCAUGACAAAGAUCAAAGGACGGUGUACCGACUGACAUUGGUCAAAGGCUGGAAUGUGGAAGAGAUUGAUGCAUAUGCAAACUUACUAAAACUUGGGCAACCUGAUUUCAUUGAAAUCAAGGGUGUAACAUACUGUGGCUCGUCAGCAACUUCAAAGUUGACAAUGGAAAAUGUCCCAUGGCACGCUGACGUUAAAGAAUUCUCUGAGGUGCUGGCAUCAAAAAGUGGUGGCAUAUAUGAAUUAGCCUGUGAGCAUGUGCAUUCGUGCUGUGUCCUACUUGCAAAGGUGGACAAGUUCAAGAUCAAUGGAAAAUGGCAUACCUGGAUAGAUUACGACCGAUUCAAUGAACUGGUGACAUCUGGAAAGCCUUUCAAGAGCAGCGAUUACAUGGCUGUGACGCCUUCAUGGGCCGUCUAUGGCGCAGACGAAGGUGGCUUUGAUCCAGAUCAAGCUCGCUUCAAGAAGGAAAGGCGCCAUGGAGCUGCAGCACUCAAAGGCUAAUCUUGACCAAUCUUGUCACCAUGCCAUGGGUGGGACGGCUGCUUCCUCCAGAGACUAACAUGUCUACCACAUCCCAGGAGCCAAAAUUUUGGAAAUCAAGAAUCGCAGAGAGUGGGGCUCCGGUGCCAUUAUUUUGUUUUGCUACAGCGUUUGCAACGUGUACCUCUGUUCUUUUGACCCGACGAUCUUCAGUGAUGUUCACAACUGAGAUUUUGAAAAACAGGUUAAAUGGAUACUUUUUUUUUC